AUGGGAGGUGUAAAGAGUCGUUUUAAAAGACAGCGAAGUUCUGUUAAGUCCAAAAGGAAGAGUAUCCAUAGCCAGAAGGAAGAAGAAACAUCUGGUCCGAAAGUUGUACUUUUUACGGGCUAUUCACACAAAAUGAAUCUUUCGUUUGCCCUUCACCUGGCCGAAGACCCUCUUGGCAAAUUUAAAGUACUUGUUACAAUGCCGUCCUUGGCUAGCAGCGAAUACUUGGCUGAUUCAAGAGUUUUAAAUCUUCUGAACAAGACCCUGUUUGUCCUUCAAAUGGACGUCGAUUCGGAUGAAUCGGUCAAAGGGGUUCUCCGAGAGAUCAUGGAAAACGACGGAUUCAUAGAUGCCGUGGGUGAGUUUUUAAAAUAUUGUACAUUCGGACUCUAUUUUCGCGCGCGCGAUUUUUUCCCGUGUGCUUGCAAAAUCGAUUUCAUUUAUAUUCCCUCGGUGGAUAAAUAAAGAGUCUUGUUGUUACAACUAAAUUGCAUGAGGUAAUUAACUGCAUGCAGUCAUUUAAAGUUGCUGGGAAAUUGUUUCCAUUUUUGUCUGACAGCAGUGUGACUUCUUCAACUCGGAAUUUUUCCAUUCGCCAGUGGAACAAUCUAUUUCCUCAUUGCUGCAUUUCGAUCAAAUUAUUCUCCAGGUCCUAGCUAUUUGUUUUUCGUUCCAUUUCUUUUAGUCUCGGUAGCAAGAUAAGAAAACAUAAGGUAGACAAAAUAUUUUCGGCACGCAUUCAACCAGAAAGUCCUAUUACAUUCUUUAGUUUCCGGCUGAUGAAUUGUUCAGAGGCCGUUUAUAAAAUCAUGUAAAAUUGAAAAAUUUAUUUUAAAGUGGUGAUUGAACUCAAAUUUAUUCACCAAAUCGCGAUUUCAUCUAUUCAGUUAGAGAGCUCAACGCAUUUAUAUUUAAAAAGAGUUAUUUCUGAAUUAUUUACAAUCUGUAAUCUGUUAAUCUGGGUCAUUAGGGCGAGGUCACGCAAAAACAGCCGCGUUUCCGUUCCGAUUCGAUCUCCCGCGCACGUUUUCGUUUUCGCGACAUUUGUUUGGCCGGUGUUUUUAUUUUUCGGAUGUCAAUAAACAGUGUUUCCACAUGUAAUUUGAAGGUAAUUUUUCUAUUUAAAUUAGUGACGUUUGUAAGCAGCUUUCAAUGCUUUGACAAAUUUUGCGGUCAACUGAGCCCCUGUUUGAUUUUCAUACGCUCGCCGCUACACCUCUUCAAACCCCUCAUAACUGUCAUAAUGAUCGGUAAAAGCCUGAAUUAGGUCAUUCACUUAGAAUGAGAAUCAUAAAGCACGGAAUAAUGUAUAGUGUCGGUGGACUACUGUGUCUCUAACUCUAAAAUUUUGUCGUUUUACUACUGCAAUGAUACGCUUUUGAAUUCAAGUUAGAGUACCGGGUAUUAACGGUAGGAUUACAGAUGUCAUCAAGGGGUGUUUUGCGGUUUUUUGGUGAAUUUUUAGAACUAGGACAUGAUUUUUACAAUUUUAAAGGUUAGCAAUAUUGAUUCAUUGCUUACUUUAACUCUUUCUUGUCUUUUUUUUCUUCCACACGGAAACUAUACCAAUGUUGUGCAAAUAACAAAUUGAGUCAUCAGAUUCCUUUUGAAAUUAAAAUUUGAAUUGCCAUUAGUCUGUAAAAAAUGGGUUCUCUCUUCUUUUUUCUAUUUUCAGUGUUAACGUCGAAUGUCCUACUAAAUGGCCAGCUAGAAACACAUACCGUCGACCAAGCAAAGACGAUAUUUGAUGUGAACACUUUUUCGGUCAUAAAACUUGUUCAAGCUGUUCUACCGUUAAUGAAAAAGCAGCGGGAUGGCCGCCUCAUUAUCAUGAGUAACCAGGCUGGAAUUCAAGGCAUUCCUUUCCACGGAAUCUACAGUGCCUCCAAGUUUGCAGUAGAAGGAUUUAUGGAGUGUAUUGCACCAGAAUGUUUGGCGUUUAACAUCUAGUAAGUGACCGCAUUUCUCAGUUAUAGGCAGUUUCUAUCCACGGAGACCUCUGACCCGUUUUUCGAACUUUCUGGUAACUGAAUUGAAAUACAGGUCUCGGUAUUUCAGUUACCAGGGCUUUAGGGAGCUUAAACAAUAAGGACGGCGAACGCUACAAAAAUUAACGUCACUUUAAAAGUGAACUCGCCCUACUUCAAGCUUUAUCCCAUCUCGUUCUAUUCGUCAAUGUUGCCAACUGAUUUUUCUGGAGUUUAGUUCUAAAAGACUGUAUCAGACUGUUCAGGAAAAGAAAAAAGAAAGUCGUUCUCUUGUGUUUACGUCCCCGACAAAACGUGAAAUUAGUCAUUUUAACGUCGUAGUCGUGCAGUGGCGGCAAAGAAAUGUACAAAAACGCGUGAUGCACGUGCAGAGUUGUUAAUUUGCCAAUCUAAACCUAUUGCUUUUACCCGUUCUCGUUGCCGUCGCCGUCGUCGUUGCUUUUAAAAGCACCCUAUAGGUCACUGGGAAAGGGGUCUGGUCUCGGGGAGCUGUUCAAUCUUUGCUAACCUGUUACAUUAAAAAUCGAGCGUUUUGAAAGUCUUUUGAUAGAUUUGAAAGCAACAGAACAAAACUAUACCUUAAAGAAUUUAUUUUUUUGUGAGCUAGCAACAGCUAGCACUCAUUCUAAGUUUGGUUUCGAGCCCGAAAAUUAAAGGUAACGGGACUUUCGAAAACGCCCCCUUCACCGGCGCUUAUUAUUAUUCAGUNCCGUCGCCGUCGUCGUUGCUUUUAAAAGCACCCUAUAGGUCACUGGGAAAGGGGUCUGGUCUCGGGGAGCUGUUCAAUCUUUGCUAACCUGUUACAUUAAAAAUCGAGCGUUUUGAAAGUCUUUUGAUAGAUUUGAAAGCAACAGAACAAAACUAUACCUUAAAGAAUUUAUUUUUUUGUGAGCUAGCAACAGCUAGCACUCAUUCUAAGUUUGGUUUCGAGCCCGAAAAUUAAAGGUAACGGGACUUUCGAAAACGCCCCCUUCACCGGCGCUUAUUAUUAUUCAGUAUAGUUUAUAUAAGGGAGAACGGGAAAUCUCUUGAGCAACUAAUCCUAACCGGCUAGUUUAGGAAGCAUUUUGAUUUCCUGCCUCUGACAUUUGGACUUUUGGCCAAUCAGAACAACCGAAUUUAAAUGGUUCUGGAGGUGUUUCGAACGGUAAGUGCAUUGGGGCUCUCGCUGAUGAAUAUCCCGUUCGUGGACCCCAUCUAGCUUCCUGUCGGACGCGUCGGGUUAGAUACACUCAUUUUGUGACCUCAUAACCACGUUUCCAUGUUCUUUGCCUACGUUAUAAUAGUGAAGUACCUUCAGUCUGAAUGAGAGAAAUAGUUUUGAGCCGACUUGAUCAAAAGAUUACACUGGCCCCUGAGAACUUCGUUUCCGGUCAGUCAUUCCAGGGUCAAUUUAACAUGCACAUAAAAAACUUCGUCGUGUCUUAACUGCCUUUGGCAAUAUAAACUAGCCUGUGUACAGACGGCCCCCUCCCCUUGGGGCGUCUGUGCAAAGGCUUAUGUAAACUUGAAAUUUUAAAGUCCCUCUCCCUCCUACCAAGAUUUUAUUUGAUCUUAAACAAAGGUGUGUUUGCUGCAGAGCACGUCAACCGGAUGUGGGUUUCCGCACUCCGGGGCAGUGGUUUUGCCCAAUUUGCUAUAAAAGAUCAGAAAAAAAAAGACAUCAAUUGAAAAUCUGGUAGCAUUGAGGCAUAUUAAAAGGGAAAAGGCCUCACGUCUGGUUGACGAAACCCUUGACGCCCAGAAUUUGGUAUCACGCAGCCUCGUUCCGACGGCUUGGAGCAGUGAGCCGACAAUCCUCCGAAUUAAUUUCUAAGGGAAAAGCCUGGCUAAGACGAAGUUUCAUGAUCAAAGAGUUGUUGACUAAAUAUAACCUUCUUCUCCUUUAUUGACCGAUCACAAGUGACAACCAAAGCCACUUGGUUGCACGUGCUUUCAUGUGCUUGGCUCCCGGAUAAUUAUAUGUGCUACUACCACUUCUGAUUGGUUCAGUCAUCUGCGGCCUUUUUUUGUUUUGUUCUGAUUGGCUAAAGCAAUACGGUACUACCCCGCAAUUAAGAACCUAGGUUUUGAGAACCUGUUAGGCUACGAUUUGCCAUUUAGACCCCCUCUAUACGAGAACCUGUUCAGCCCAAAGUUUGGAACAGGCUCUUAUUUUUAUGUAAAACAUAAAUGUGUGACUCUGAAGGAGAGCUUCGAAAUUCAUGUGAUCAGUGCCUUACUUGUUCUUAUUAUAGUAAUUUUAAAUCAGUUUUAGUGGCAAACCCAAAUAGCCUAAAUUUGUGCUAAUACCAUUUUUGUAAGAACCUGUUCAGGCCAACUUGGGAAAAUGUAGGUCCUUACUGGCUGAGUAGUUUGGUGGUUUGUUUAGGCUAUGCUGUAAGAAAUGUACAGGUAGUAUGCGCAUUGGCUUAGCAAUGAUUCUAGUGUAACUUACCUUUUUCCCCACAGCUGUUCCAUUAUCGAAACAAGCAUGAUCAAAGGCGAAGAAAAGACAGCGCAGACCAUUCAAGUUUCGAUCCGCUCGAAAAUGGAAAACGCAGAUGACGAAACAAAAAAAUACCAAGAUUCCUGCUCUGGGAAAAUGCGACGGCAGGGAUCAGUGAAAAAACUUGAUUUAAAGAAAGUUGCUGAGCUCUUACGGGAAGUUUUAAUUGAUGAGAAACCUCAUUUCAGAUAUCAACUUAGUAAGUCGUCAAAAGAGGCGGCCAGGGAGAAAUGGACGGAUGUUCAUGGAGACUCUAACAUUUUCGACGCGGCUGAAAAAUAUUUAUGUAUAGAAACGGACCGCUUGAGGGAAGUCUUGGAUAACUUGAACAAUGUUGAAACAAACAUAUAA